UAUUAAGCAUCCACAUUUCAGUACCAUAUGUUCAUCUUUCUCCAGGGUUUUGACAUUCACAACCGAGGUUGCGACAACCAGUAUCGGCCAUUAUAUUUGACAGUCUGCACGAACAGUGUACUCAUUGUUAUUGCCAUUCCAUACCGUUGCACUAUGGCUGCUGCAUAAAACUGUGAAUUCUAUCGCACUGCACGCAGCGCACAACAGAAAAAAACACAAGCAGUUUAGUGUCUUAUGCGUGCGGCGUAUAAUUUAUAGGUCUGCUCCACUGAAUGUGACAGGAGUUACUGUUGUGUUAUUUUUCUGUGUUCGGGGGACUCUAAAAAAUAGUAUGCCAUUUCUCCACCAUGGAUGUCGGUUCUAUAUGUUCUAGCGGUUUCCUGUCGGCUGCAGACGACGAAUCACCAUGUGUCGAGCGGUGAUAUUCUUCCAAGGAAAACAGCUUUAAAAGGCUGUUUUGCCAUCGAAGGUCUGCAGUGACGAGAGGUAAUCCAUAGCCGCCAUGUCCUGGGAGGACCUUCCGGAGUGGGCCAAGCUACUCAUCUGCGCCUUGGUCGGAGCAGCACUGAUGAUCCUGAUCCUCGUCGUGAUGUGCCAGUGCCUCUGGUUCUGGAAGAAAGUGAAAAAGAAAGAAUUUCGGCGGGCCGAAUCUCCAGACGCCAGCGACAAAGAGCUGACGGACAUUGCUCCCCAUCGCCAUCUGCCGAAGAAGAAACCCCCGUCGGCGGAGACGAAGAAAUGGGAGACGCAGAGCAUGAGGAGCCGCACGUCACUGUCUUCCAGCGCAUCCGAGGGAUACGGCAGUAUGAAGGGAUUCCGGCAUCAGCCAUCACGGAAGCGGGAAUCGAAGCGCUCCGCCUCUCAAUCGUCCGCCGACCUGCCACCGUUGGACGAAAUCCAGUUCCUGCAGGUGCACGAGAUCAUCCCGGAACCCGGAACCCUCGGCGCCGUCACGUUCUCGUUGUCCCACGAGAAAGAGGGAGAAAAGCUGAGAAUCGGCGUGAUUUCAGCCCGCGACUUGAAAGCGAGGCCUUUUGUUGGCGGGGCGCCGAACCCGUACGUCAACAUCAGCCUGUUCAAAAGUGGCUCAGAGAAACCGGAGUUCAAAUCCAAGACCAAAAUUCAUUCGAAGACCAACAGUCCGCAGUUUGACCAGGCGUUUGAGACAGCAGUAAAAACUUCAAGUUUGUCGAGACACACAUUACGACUCGUCGUCUGCGAUCAUCACAGACUCGGGCAGAGUGAAAUCUUGGGGGAGGCGGAGUUUAGAUUGAAGGGAGUGGACUGGAGUACGGGAAUUGAGGAGGAAUUGUCACUGGAACCGAGCACGCAGAUUCCGUACGGUGAGCUACUAGUGUCUCUGAGUUACCUACCGACAUCUGAAAGGUUGUACAUCACUGUGCUACGAGCAACCGGUUUCAGCAACGUACACGAACCUUCCACCAAGGUGUCUCUUAUCCUAUCAGGCAAGAGCGCCCUCAGACGUCGAGUCUCCUCCAGUCAGCAGCGCACGGGUCUAGUCUUCCACGAGGCGCUCUUCUUUGAGACUCCCCGUGACAAACUGGAGCGGAUCAGAAUCCUCAUAGUCGUCACGGCGGCUGCGGAGGAGGAGAAGGAGACUACGGAAUCCGUCCAAUCCCGUUCGCAUGCCCCGCCGCCUGUUGUGGACGAACCCGACAUUGAUGGCGCCCUAGAACCACCUGCGCAAGCGCGGCGGGAAAUCGGCCAGAUUAUCCUGGGGAAGAACUGUGCUCACAACGCGCAUGCGCACUGGGAAGAGAUGACCCUGAUGCCGAGGGUACCAAUCGCUCAGUGGUAUCCGAUAUUCCAGGAUAUCAUUGAGUGAUGUGAACGAGAACUAUACGGAACAAUUACCCGUGUAUAAAAUUAUAUAAAGAAGAAUUUAUAAAUUAUAUAAAAUUGAGCUUCCAGACACUUUUCCUGUUUCUAUUCUGGUGUUAUUAUUAACUAUGCACAAUCGAGUAAAACAUAUUUUCUUGCAAAUUAUCUUUAUCGUUACUGUUAUAUUAUGGUGCUAAGAUGGUGUCGGAUUGACCUACCUCAAUCCUCUCAAUAUGUAUUUAUUUUUCAAUUAGGCCUUCCUUUGGCGGAGCCAAGAGGAAAAUAAAGGGCUCAACAUUAACAGUGAAGCCCUAGGCUAGCUUCCUUUAUUUUAGUUGGAUGAUCCCACCUUUUGUUUCUGUUAUAAUUGUGGUUGAAGGGUAGUAACCGACAGAUAAGAAUCAUUGAGCAUUUGGCGCCAUCUUGGACUGAUUAGGCCUGCCAUUUAAUUAGGCAUAUGAGGACAGAGAUGAGGAUGGCGAGCUGCGAGAUGGCUGUGUAAGACCCUCCUGCGUGAGAAAAAGAGGAGUAAAGACCUGCAGUCUGUGGGUUUGAUGAAGAUAACAGAUGAGAUAAGGCAAGGCAGACUGACAUGGUAUGGACAUGUAGCAAGAAUGGAGGAAAGCCAUUGGCUGAAGAAAGCAUGGAACUUUGACAUAGUCGGUCUGAGACCAUGAGGCAGGCUACGGAAGACCUGGGAUGAGACCCCGGCAGAAGACCUCAGACUGUCCGAACCUCGCCAAUGUGGAUGUCAGAAAUCGGUGGAACGGGACCAUUAAGGAAAGACAACGUCUCAUCCCACAGCGUUGGAAAAGUGGACGUUGAAUGAUUGUCUUAAUUUUGUUGAAAAACAUCAAGCACGCAAAUUUAGAUCUGGAUCUGCCCUGAUCAAAAAGUAUGGAAGGAUUAUGAAACGACAUAUAUAGGGGGUGGAUGGCCUCCGUAGGCCCCUCCCCUUGGUCCGGUUUAAGGCCUAAAUAAUUUAAGGCGUGCCUGUUAUGGAUUUUUUCGUGAUUUAUUUUGUUGUUUUGAUUAAAUCUGAGUCUAAAAGAUAUUUUCAUAUAAAAGAAAUUUGUAGAGUGCAAGACAAUGUUUUGCCGAAAUAAAAGCUACUUGACUUAUUUUACGAUUAA